AUGGCGAAAGAUAAAAAGGAUAAGAAGUCUGCGGCGGCGGCGAAAAAAGCGAAGAAGGAAGCAUCGCAAGCCAAGAAAGCGGAAAAGAGUACGAAGAAGGCAUCGAAGAAGGCGAAAGAGGAGGACAGCGAUGUCGAAGAUGCGGAUCUUGAUGCCAUCCUUGCCGAGUAUCAGAAACAGCAGGAGCAAUUCUUGAAAGUCACGGAAUCGGCCUCCGAACCUCCUACUCCAAGGUCAUCAGCCACCAUCGUUGCAUCGCCGAGCAAUAGUGCUGAAGUGUUCCUUUUCGGUGGCGAGUACUAUAAUGGUGCUUUGGCGACAUUCUUCAAUGAUCUGUACGUCUACAAGAUCAACCACGAUUCGUGGCGAAAGGUCACGUCGCCAAAUUCUCCCCUCCCUCGAAGCGGGCAUGCCAUGUGCCCGGGAGGCAAUGGCGGUGGCAUCUACAUGUUUGGAGGCGAAUUCUCGAGUCCUAAGCAAGGCACCUUCUACCACUACAACGACUUCUGGAGACUGGAGCCAAGUACGCGAGAAUGGACGAAAUUGGAAGGCAAGGGUGGCCCUCCCGCUAGAAGUGGCCAUCGCAUGACCUGCUUCAAAAACUACAUCGUCCUCUUUGGUGGCUUUCAGGACACGAGCCAGCAGACGAAGUAUUUGCAGGAUGUCUGGCUAUAUGAUACACAGAAGUUCACAUGGCAUCAGCCGGCAUUGCCACCCGCUUCUGGAAAGCCAGACGCCAGAUCCUCUUUCUCAUUCUUGCCGCAUGAGACUGGAGCAGUGAUAUACGGAGGGUACUCACGAGUCAAGGCCUCGGCAUCUGCAGGCAAGACGAAAGGCAACAAGCCUGGAGCUUCGCGUGUCAUUAUGAAGCCCAUGGUCCAUCAAGACACAUGGUAUCUCAGAAUCACUCCCCCGGCAUCGGACGCGCCUGCGAACACCCUACCGACCGUGCGAUGGGAGAGGAGGAAACGACCUGUCAAUGCUCCGAAUCCUCCUCGCGCAGGUGCUACCAUGGCCCACCAUAAGGGUCGAGGCAUUAUGUUUGGAGGUGUGCACGAUGUUGAAGAGAGCGAAGAGGGCAUCGACAGCGAAUUCUUCAAUCUUCUUUACGCCUAUAACAUCGACAGAAACAGGUUCUUCCAGCUCAAUCUCCGAAGGCCAAGAAGUUCGGCCAAAAAAAUCGCACCAGCCGCCGAACGAGGAAAACGUGGUCGAGGGAAGGCUGAUGAAGAAGAGCUUCUACGGAAUCUGGCGCUCAUCGAAGGUAAAGGCAAUCUUAACGACGACGAAGAGAAAUCCAACGGCGGUCAUUCUAGCGACGAGGAAGAGCCCAACAAGAUUGAGAAGCCGACCAUCUGGGAAAUGCCUCAUCCACGCUUCAACGCCCAGCUCACAGUUCAAGAAGACACGCUAUACAUCUACGGAGGCACGUACGAGAAAGGAGACCAAGAAUUCACGUUCGAUGAAAUGUGGGCGAUAGAUCUCGGCAAGAUGGAUGGUGUCAAGGAAGUCUUUAAACGAGAACUUGCAGACUGGCAAGGUAGUGAAGACGAUGAGAGCGAAGACGAAGAGGAUUCCGAAGAAGGCUCCGACGAGGACGAAUAUUACGAAGAAGAAGUUCCAGAACCCACCACCCCAGCCACAUCAAUCACAGACGACGCUUCAAUCGCCGCAACCGAGCCAUUCGCCAUCGAACCCGAACAAUCAACAUCAAGCUCCAAAAACGACAACCUCCCCAUGCCCCGCCCCUUCGAAUCCCUCCGCGCCUUCUUCACCCGCACAUCUCACUCAUGGCAAGAACUCAUCCUCGAAGCCAUGAAGUAUGAGCGAAAUCCCGAAGAGAAAUCUGUGAAGGAGAUUCGAAAGGGAGCGUUUAGUCGUGCGGAAGAGAAAUGGUGGGAUGCGCGGGAAGAAGUUCAGGCGAUGGAGGAUGAGCAGGAAGAGGCGGGGAUAAGUGAGGUUGUUAGUUUGGGGGAGAGGGGGGGUGGGGAUGGUGGAGGAGCAGGGAGGAGGAGGUGA